AUGCCUUUCAAUCUUGAAAAGAGAUGCAUAGAGGCUAGGAAAGAGGCGAUUGAGUACGGCAUUUCCUUAUGUAGCGGCUUGGAACCAGCUUCCGCGACGGAGGUUGAUAAACUAGAGAAGAGAAAAGUAAGUGGGGAAGAGAUGGAUGAGCUAGAGCCGUGUGCAAUAUGUCAAGAGGGAAUGUUCCUUGGGGAUGAAGCAACCCGAAUGCCUUGCUCUCAUGUCUUCCACGCUACAUGCAUCGAAUCCUGUCUUCAAAGAGACUAUAUAUGUCCGCUUUGCCGUCACAAACCCGCACAGAAAAAAGUGCAGAGGCAGUUGCAAGUGAGGAUAGAGGCACAAGCGAAAUAUUUACAGUCAGUGUUAAUAAAAGCUCAAGAAACUCUCGCAGGUUACUCAUCUUCGAAUCUCGGCAUAGAGUUUGCGAGACCCGAGCUCUAUGGAGCAGCAUCAAUGGCGAACACAAGCUGUCUCACUUUUUCUUUUCCUGAACUGACGCAAGUAGAUGAAGAGGAAGAAGAAGGUUUCUUGGAACACAAGAGAUCAGUAAACAGAGGAAUAAGACAGACGAGAAGUUCAGUCGACAGAUCGUUGUCAUCAUCGGAGAGCUCAGGAGCAAAUGCGGAUGCCGAUUCACAGUGCUUUAUGAUGAGGAGAUCGAUCGAAAUUCAGUUGAUGAAGAUCAAGCCCGAGGAAGCGACGAAGCGGAAGAAGAGAAGGUCGGACGACGCCGUUUCCGUGGAACAACCUAUUUGGAGGUCACGACUGUGA